AUGUCAGUACAGCAGAAGAAGAUAAAGAGUGGUGUGUUAAAAAAGAAGAUGGCGAAGAGCAAAAACUGCAUAUGUAAGGAAGAGGUGAAGGAGUUGAAUAAGAAAAUAGAGAAGGUGGAUACAAAGAUGGAAGAGUUACUGAGGUGGAUGAAAGAAGAAAGAAUAAAGGGGGUGAAGGAGGUGAGUGAAGAUAGAAUGGUGAAACUGAUUGAGGUGGUGGAGGAAAUGACAGGUUGGAUGAAGGAAAGGAAGAAAAGAGAGGAGAGAGUGGAAGGAAAAGGAAAAGAGAUGGGAGGAAAAAAAGAAGAGAAAAGAGAAGUGUUAAAGAAAGAAGAUGGUAUAAAAAGGAAAGAUGACGAUGGUAUAAAAAGGAGAGAUGAAAAUGAGGAAGAAAGAAGAAAGAAAGGACAAGAGGAGCUAGGAAGCAGGAUAAAGGAAUGGUGGAAAAUGUUUGUAGAUGUGGAUAGUUGUGCUUUGUCGUAA